UCCAUAGGAAGCCGUAACUUGUCGCAGAAGUUGUCGUCCACUAGUCGCCAUAUUUAUCGAUCUAAACUUCCUGGAAAGAAUUUACAUCAAUGUGAAGACUACUAUUGACAGUUUUGUCUCUUGAUGACACUAUGGCGGCAGAUUUUGAUCCGCACGACAAACUAAGUUGGUACUUCGGUCCACUUGGUCGAGAGGAGACUAAUGAUAUAUUGAUGAAUGAACGUGACAGCGGCGUGUUCCUUGUACGAGAGAGUCGAUCAAUACGUGGAGAUUUUGUACUAUGUGUCAGGGAAGAUAUGAAGGUCAGCCAUUACAUCAUCAACCGCAUCCAAGUGGGGAACCAGACCCGCUUCCGCAUCGGUGACCAGGAGUUCCCCGAUAUUCCGAGCCUUCUUAACUUUUAUAAAACACAUUACCUAGAUUCUACGUCAUUAAUAAAACCGGCACCAAGGAUUAAGAUUGUAGCCAAAUAUGAUUUUCCUGGAAGGGACCCUGAGGAUCUCCCGUUCCUGAAGGGGGAAGUGUUGGAAGUGAUCUCCAAGGACGAGGAGAGCUGGUGGACAGCCCGCAACAACCAGGGUCGGGUCGGACAGAUUCCCGUGCCGUACUUUGGCAAGUAUCAGGAAGUCACGAGCCCACCUAGACCAGACUACCAGAGUCCAAUACCACCAAUGAUAACAGACGUUACCCUGCCAGCCAAGGCUACUGUGAUUACCCAGAGGAUACCCAAUGCUUACGAUAAAACACAGCUGAAGCUAUUGAAAGGGGAGAUAAUCACAGUCACAGCAAUGAAUGUUAACGGACAGUGGGAGGGAGAGGUGAACGGAAGAACUGGAAUAUUCCCCUUUACGCACGUCCGAUUUUUAUCCCCCGAUGAACUGGAGAGGCUAAAUCAAUGAACUCUGCUGUAGAUAAUGUGUAGAGGGGGUUUCCACUGGACACCCAGCAUCAACACCCAGCAUCAACACCCAGCAUCAACACCACGAAGGGACGACUCGUCACACACCAGCAAACACUGUAACCAGUAUAGCAGCAUCAUGCAGGGAUACUGCCCAGGGAGCUGAACCCCAGGGUAGUUCGAGCAUGUGUGUCAAGCCAAGCAGUCGAUAUAUGUCCGGACGUCUCAGUGUAUGUGUCAAAGGGAGACAACUCUUAAUGGUGACAAGAGUCAUGCUUCUUUGCUGAUUUGGUUAGUCAACUUUUAUUCCGUUUAAGCCGAAGAAUAUUAAGGUGUUGGUUCUGAGUUUCAUGGAUUUGAAUAUUUGGGUAGAACUAUUGAAAUGUGUUUUUGUAUUUGAAAUAAAUUCAAAGGAUAUGAAAAAUGUUUCAAGGAUAUGAUCAUGGUUUAUUUUUUAAGAUUGUCUGAGCCAGGCAUGAAUACAAAUAUAUUCAGUAGAAUCCUCAGUACCACACCUGUGUAGGGCCUUCUGUAGCACCCGUCAUUUGUUUCAACAUGUCAGCUAUGUUGUGUACAGAAUUCUUUCAGAACACAAAUCAUCAGUUAAUCAUUGCAUUAGAUUAAUUUACAUCAGUGAGUUGUUUUCCUGGGUUUGUCACUAACCCAGAUUGAAUUGUUAAUUUUCUGAAUUUGUGAAAUUAUGUGAUUUGUAAUUGCUGAUGUUAUGCUUAUAUUGUAUAAUAUAUAUAUCUACAUACCUGUUUACCAGUGUAAAUACUGUAGGGAAUAUGAGCCUAUAGACUCUAGAUCAAUGUGUAAUGAGAUAGGUAGAUGUGGAUAAUCAAAAUAAUUCAUGUGUAAAAUGAAAUGUUUUUUUAAUCCAGAGCCCCUAUGUUAUGGGUUGACUGAUGGGACGCUAGUCUCUCUUACCGAGUUUCUGUAUGAAGUUAUCUCCCCUUUUAGUGCUCAAUUGUCUGUAUUGGACUGACACAAGGUGUUUGGGGAUCGACCCAAGAAUAAAAUGUCAGAUUUGUUCAUUUUGUUUCAAAUAUUAAACAUUUUCUCUUUACUACCAAA